ACAUUUCCAUCUCAUUCAAAUAGUUUCAACAACACAACCAACACACACACAAAGAGAAAAAUGGAGGAAGAAGAUGAUAGAAUGCAAAAUCUCAGAUCCAAAGCCACAGAGCUUCUACUCAGAAAAGAAUUUAAAGACACCAUUGAAGCUUACUCCGAGUUAAUCUCCUUUUACCAUGACCAAAUCUCAAACACCAACCAAAAUCUUGAUUCAAAUAAGCUCAAAAAAUCCCUCUGUUUAGCUCUCUGUAACCGAGCCGAAGCCCAUUUAAAUCUUCAAGAAUUCCCUCAAGCCUUAAAGGAUUGUAACGAAGCAUCCCAAAUUGGAAACACCCAUUUCAAGACUCUUCUUUGUAAAGGUAAGAUUUUGCUCAGUCUCAAUCAAUAUGGGUUGGCUUUAGAUUGCUUUAAAAAAGCAAGUCUUGAUGAUCCCCAUGAGUUAGAAAAUUCUGAAACCCUUAAUGGGUAUUUAGAAAAAUGCAAAAAGCUUGAAUUUUUAUCAAGAACUGGUGCUUUUGAUAUAUCUGAUUGGGUACUUAAUAAGUUCCAAGGUAAACCUACUGAGCUAGCUGAGUUUAUUGGUCCUAUAGAGAUUAAUAAAUCUGAGAUUAGUGGGCGUGGUUUGUUUGCAACAAAGAAUAUUGAUUGUGGGACUUUGUUGUUAGUUACUAAGGCUGUUGCAAUUGAAAGAGCCAUUUUUCAAGAAUCUAAGGAACAAGCUCAGUUAGAUAUGUGGAAGAGUUUUAUUGAUAAGGUUAUGGAGUCAGCUAAAAAAUGUAUCCGAACGCGUGAUUUGAUUUGUAAGCUAUCAACAGGUGAAAAUGAGGAUCAUUUGGAGGUACCUGACAUUGAAUUAUUUAGGCCUGAGGCAGAAGAUAGUACUAGAUUUCAUGAUAAGAAGAUUGACAAGGAAAAAUUACUUAACAUACUUGAUGUAAAUUCUAUUGUUGAGGAGUUGAUUUCCGCGAAAAUUCAGGGGAAAAACAGUGAUGUGCAUGGGAUAGGUCUAUGGAUUUUGGCUUCUUUUAUCAACCAUUCUUGUGAUCCCAACGUGAGGCGGUCUCACGUUGGCGAUCAUGUGAUAAUCCAUGCUUCUAGAGAUAUAAAAGCAGGCGAAGAGCUCACAUUCGCGUAUUUUGAUGUGUUUUUACCCUUCAAGAACCGCGAAGAGAAGGCGAAAAAUUGGGGCUUUAUUUGCAAAUGCAAAAGGUGCAAACUUGAAAGUGGUGUUUGUUCCAAUCAAGAAAUGAUGGAAAUUGAGAUGUUUCUUGGGAAAGGACUAGAAAUGGGAGGUGUAGUUUAUAGAUUGGAGGAAAGUAUGAGGAGAUUGAUGGUAAGGGGAAAAGGAAAAGGGUAUUUGAGAGCAUCAUUUUGGCAAGUGUAUUUUGAAGUUUAUGAGUCAGAAAGAUUAAUGAGGAAAUUGGGAAGCAAGAUUCCAUUAAUGGAAAGUGUGGUGGACAGUGUAGUGGAUGCAGUGGGAAGUGAUGAGAGAAUUGUGAAGUUGUUGAUGGGAAGAUUGAAGAGAAAAAAUGGCCAUAAUGGGAAUGGAAUUCUAGAGAUGGAAAAAGCAAUGAAAUUGGGAAGGGGGUUGUAUGGAAAGAUAAUGAAGAAACAAACAUUGAAGACUAUACUAUUUCAGCUUGGCAACUAAUAGCAAUGGUGACUUUUAAGGGCUAUUACUGAUAGCCAAUUUUCAAGAUUAAUCUUGUUUUUUUUUCCUGUUCAAAAAUGUAUCUCAUGGUUAGUUCUUUUUUUUUCACUUUCUUUUUUGUUGCUCCGUAGUUUUUGAUUCUUUUUCUCACAAAAAUUAGUAGAAAGAAGAUGAAGUUGAUUCACAA